GAAAUGUUCUUGCGUUUUCUAUCGCGCAACAAUCCUUUGGAGGAAUAUUAUUUUUAUGUUCCGAAAAUUUGCCUACAAUUAAUGGGAUUUUGGCCGGGAUCAACGGCCUCAAAACGUAUACGUUUCUGGGCCAUAUUUAAUUUUUUCAUACUCCUAAUUGGUGUGGUAACCGAACUUCAUGCUGGUUUUUCGUAUCUAAGUUAUAAUUUGGAGAAGGGUCUGGAUACUCUCUGUCCAGCGGGUACCUCAACUGUUACUGUACUCAAAAUGAUCUUGAUAUCAUAUUAUCGUCAAGAUUUGGAAUUGGUGUUGAAGAAAAUGCAUCGCAUGCUCUAUGGGUGUCAGGAGAAAGAUGAACAACAUCGUGUGAUUUAUAAUGGUAUCAUUCGGAAAUCUUCGGUUAUGGCAACCCGUGUCAAUUUUGCUCCAUUUUUGGCGGGAUUUAUAACCUGUACAGCGUACAAUUUGAAGCCAUUAAUUUUGGUGUGGAUUUUCUGGUCCAAGGGAAAGGAGUUGAUGUGGCUAACACCUUUCAAUAUGACCAUGCCCAAAUUUCUGCUGGAAGGUCCACUCUAUCCCUUGGCCUAUAUUUUCACAGCCUAUACCGGAUAUGUGACCAUCUUUACUUUUGGUGGUUCCGAUGCCCUAUACUUUGAAUAUUGUACCCAUAUUGCUACGCUAUUGAAAAUGUUACAAGCCGAUGUGAAAUUAUUGUUUCGGAAAUAUGAAGAGAAAUUAACUCUAACCCCUUCGGAAGCAGCCUAUGUAGAGGAACAGCUGAUUUUAAUUAUAAAACGUCAUAAUGUCAUUAUCGAAAUGACCCACUUCUUUCGGAAACGUUAUAGCAUUAUAACGCUGGCCCAUUUCGUAUCGGCUAGUAUGGUAAUUGGGGCGAGUAUUUUUGAAAUGUUGACGUAUACCGGUUUUGGUCGCUUCAUUUAUUUGGGUUACACUGUGGCAGCCCUGUCUCAGUUGGCGGUCUAUUGUUAUGGCGGAACUUUGGUGGCUGAAAAUAGCAUUUAUUUAGCCACCGUGGUUUUCAAAUGCAAUUGGUAUAUUUGCAAUCCGAAAUUGCGUCGCAUAAUCCUGAUGAUUAUUAUCCGUUCACAGAAACCGCUGAGUAUGUCGGUGCCAUUCUUUUCACCCUCCAUGAGUACCUUUGCAUCGAUUCUACAAACAUCGGGUUCGAUUAUAGCUCUGGCAUCCUCAUUUCAGUAA